UUUGUUGCAUUCGUGUUAAAUUUAAAACCACAUUUAAAUCAGCUAGGUAUUUAAAUAUUAAAUUAUUAAUUGAUUUUUAUAAUAAUUUCGGUUACAGCCGAAAAUUUUAGUCAUCGAAAAAUAUUUUUUUAUCAAAAAUGGUCUUAUUAAAUAAUGAAGAGUUUCUAAAUGAGCUCACUAAGCUGUUCCAGAAUGCAAGAACAACAGGAUCAGUAACAGUGACAAUGAAAAGAUACGAUGGUCGUAAUGCACCGAAUCCUAAGGGUGGUUUAGCUAUUCCAAAUCCUGAGUACAAAUGUUUAGUGAGGGCACAGUGUCAUAGUAAAAAAAUAUCAACAGUUAUUGAACAGAAAGAUGUAGAAACAUUUACAAAUGCAUACUCUAAUUUAUUAAAAACUAGUAUCAAUGGCUUAAAAAGGUUGAAGAAGCCAAAAAAGAAGGCAAUGGCAGCUCAAUAAAGCUAAAUAAUAAACUAUCUUUGUCUCAAAGACUGAGUCUAAGAUGAAGCAAAGAGGCAUGUUUAGUAAGGGCUGUGUCAUAGUUAAAAAAUCUAAGUUAUUGAAAAGAAAGAUGUACAAAAAUUUACAAAAUGCACUCUCCAAUUUAUUUAAAACUAGAAAGAAAGGCAAUGGCAGCCCAAUUAAGCAGCAUCUAUUUCACAUCGACUGAGUCUAAGAUUAAGCAAAGAGGCGACAACUGAUCAUGCCCAUCAUCAGAGCCACGGGUGGAGGUCCAUUAAAUGUGCUUUUCUCUCAAAUGAGAUAUGAAGAGUUGGAGUCUUGCCUUAAUGGCUGCUGGUAAAAGACUGUCACUUCCUAAUAUUAUGAAAACUAUAAAUAUAUCUGGAUA